CAGGCAUUUGGAUGGCGAAGCCGCAUAGUUUGCUGUUUUAGUAUUCAGGACACAGACACAACGCAGCGUGCUAUGCUUUGGCUCGGCUUGCAAGCAUACAAGCAGUUGAUCAUCUUACUUCAAGGAAGUAAGCUAUGCAAACAUCACCUCAUAUAUCACAUUAUAGGUUAGUCGUUGAUACAGUGCGAGCCCCGAUACGCUGGCCGGUCGCUGCUCGGUGCCCAUGUCGUCGUGAUGACCUCCACCCUCGUCGCCCCACGGCGCCUCGUCGCUGUGCGUGCUACUCAACCGCAAAUGAUCUAUCAGUGCUAUCGACUUCGGAGCUGAAGGCAGCUCUGCUCCAGGCGGUCCGCGGCACCCAGCGCGGCAAGGCAGCCAGCCCCGCCCAGCGUGCAGCCAUCUUGCCGCUCCUGGAGGCGCUGGAGGGGCGCAAUGCGGCGGCUGAGCCCGCCAGGUCGCCCCUGCUGGUGUCGGGCGUGUGGGCGCUGAUCUACCAGGCGCCCCUGGAUGAGUUCCGCGCAUCUCGAGACAUCAGUGGCACCACUGAGGGCCCCUUCCUGGCCGCCCUGCAGCCGCUGAGCCGGGGGCUGGUGCGCACCCGCGCCAACAUGCAGCUGCUGGACUUGCGGGAGGGCAGGGCUGAGAACCUGGCGGAGUUUUCUGUAGCUGGCGGCCGCUGGGAGGGCGCACUAAACAUCAUUGGGACAGUGACACCACAAGUCGACCCGCAGGGCGGCUUGUCACCUUCCCGCGUGGAUGUUGCAUUCACCCACUUUGAGCUUAGGUUGGGGUCCCUCCCCAAGGUCACUGUGCCCUUGGCUUGGAUCCAGCCGAAGGGCUGGAUUGAGACAACCUACGUGGAUGACGAUCUCCGCAUUGGACGUGGUGACAAGGGCUCCAUCUUCCUCACAAGCAGGGUGAAGGAUACCAGGUGGCGUGGCGCUUCACCUUCUCCUACUUCACUCUCGUAAAUAACCUUUUACCAGCACAGAACCGGCACGGAAUGUACUGUAGGUCACUGCGGUCCGACGGAAUGACUCCAUCCAGGAUGUGGAGGGUUUGUGUUGACCUUAGAAUAGGGGUCAGGGACAGAAAGGAGGCGCCACGGUAGGGUACCGGGAGACAACUUAUCCUUAAAGUGGCACGCACAGGGCCGCUCGCCCGCUUCCCAAUUGUCACAACUUGUUAACCGGUCUCGGUUUUGGUGUAUGGAGAAGUGGAUUAGAUCAGUUUACCGUUCAAUUAACUCUUCAGGCAAGGGGUACGUGGUCUGUCGAGAACGGUUCUCUGUGAUGCAGCUUACCAUAAUGCGUUUGCUACUAACAAGGAAGCAUGAUGUCAUUGUCUAAAUAGGUGUGAACAUAUAUGAGUAGAAAUGUGUAGGCACUGUAUGUGGUAAUGUGCUGGUGCUGCCAACUCUUCAGGGUCGAGGGUCGAAGGGGAUCCUUGUUGAUCACUGCAC